CAGAAUCCAUUUAAGAGAACUAAAAGCAUAUCAUAUCCUGUUGAUCUCUUUGAAAGAUGUUAAUAAAUACUCAAAAAGCUGGUAUUACAGAGGAGUUUACUUUCAUGCUCUUUUUGUGAAGAAGCAGCCCCCACCAAGAAAUCUUCCAAAGAAGGAAAUCAGCACCAACCCCCAUACCAACUAAUGCUACAAAAGACUGACUAAAAGUUCCUUCUUUUCUUCCUGUUGGCUGACACUGUUCAGAACUAUUAUUGGCUGUUUCAUUUUUCUUUUAAAUGAGCAAGCUGAAUGACUGGGAGGAGAAAGGCAGAAAAGAGAGAGAGAGGCAGACAGACAGAGAGAGACAGAGAGACAGAAACAAAGACAAAGACAAAGAGACGGACACAGAGAAAGAAACUACAGAAGCCAGGAAGUACGGAACCUACAGAGAAAGAAACAUGUCUUUACCUCUCUUCAGCUCCAUGCCUGAAAUGGAACCAAAUGGAACCUUGAACAACAGCAACAUGUACUGCACGAUUGAAAACUUCAAGCAAGAAUUUUACCCAAUCAUAUAUCCAAUAAUAUUUAUCUGGGGAGUCUUGGGAAAUGGCUUUUCUGUAUACAUCUUCCUACAGCCUUAUAAGAAGUCGACAUCUGUGAAUGUUUUCAUGCUCAACCUCGCCAUUUCAGAUCUCUUGUUCACAAUCACUCUGCCCUUUCGGGCUGACUACUAUUUUAGAGGUUCUGACUGGAGAUUUGGGGACCUGGCCUGCAGAAUUAUGUCUUAUUCCUUAUAUGUGAACAUGUACACCAGCAUUUACUUCCUAACUGUGCUGAGUGUGGUGCGUUUCCUGGCCACUGUCCACCCGCUUCAGCUCUUCCACCUCACCAGCAUCCGGAGUGCCUGGAUUCUCUGUGCGGUCAUCUGGGCCUUCAUCAUGGCUUCCUCAGCAGUGCUUCUGAAGAGUGGCUCUGAGAAGAAGGACAACAUCACAUCGUGUUUGGAACUGAAUUCUCAAAAGCGUGAGAAGCUGCUGGUCAUGAACCACAUUGCCUUGGUGGUAGGCUUCCUGAUACCAUUCUUCACACUCACCACCUGUUACCUGCUGAUCAUUCGGGUCCUGUUAAAGGUAGAAAUUCCAGAACUGGGCCUGCGGGCUUCGCACAGAAAAGCUCUGACCACCAUCGUCAUUGCCUUGAUCAUCUUCCUUUUGUGUUUCCUGCCUUAUCACACACUGAGGACCCUCCACCUGGUCACGUGGCACAAGGACUCAUGUGGAGACUGGCUGCAUAAAGCUGUGGUCAUCACAUUGUCCUUGGCUGCUGCCAACUGCUGCUUCAAUCCUUUCCUCUAUUACUUUGCUGGGGAGAAUUUCAAGGAUAGAUUAAAGGCUGUACUCAGUAAAGAACAUCUACAGAAGGCAAAGAUGAAGUUCAGACUUCCUAUAUGUAUGUGGAUGAAAACAGAAACAAGAUUGUAAAGUGUUAUUAGAAAACUACUGGAAGAUGUUCAUCUUCAACACAAGAGAUUAAAUCAAGAGAGAGAAAAACAUGGCAGCUCUGAACCAAGGAAUCUGACUCAGGGUGAAGAAAGAAGAAAAUUAUCAGGAUAUUGGUGUACAGAUGAGUUAGAAAGCAACUCAUACAGAUUGGAGAGAUCUCAAAGGACUCUUAGAGGGACAUUGCCAAGAAAAACAGGAAACCAAGUGAUUCACACGUCUUGAGAGGAGUUUUUAUUUCUUUUGGUGAGCUUGGGAUUAAUUGGGGAUACAUAUAUAGGAAAAUAAGCAAAUAAGAAGAGAAUACAGUUAUAAAGUACUACAGAAAAAGAUAUAUUGUAUAAAAGAAGGAAUAUACCUGUGGAAUAUACAUGGCUCAGCUGUGAAUAAUAUUUACUUAGAGAAUAACAUGAAUAUAGAAAUACUAUGAUAUAAUUUCCACCCCUUCACCCUGGGAAAUGAGGGGAGAAGAAUAUGCAUGCAUAGAGGAAAAGUAUGAAAAGCCUGAGUUCCUAUCUUCCAUCCAAGAGAAUGCAUGUUAACUACAUUUAUGAGUAGCUGUACAAGCAGGUUGCUUAGCAACAGGAGAGAAAUACCAGAAGAAGCAGCAAGAAAAGAAUGGACAGCAUUGGUUCUGGCUGGAAGUUGGGGGAGGGAGGAUAGAGCGAGAACUUCUUUUCAUCUUAAGGACUAUGUAAGUGUCUAAUUCGUGAAUGUGCAUUGCAGAAAUAAAAUUAAGUUAAAAUUUAAUUCCAAAACACAACUUAAUUCCAAGUUAUUAAAGAAAGCAACACUGAUGAGAGAGAGAGAGAAAGAGAGAGAUGCUUUUAAUGACUUACUUUCCAAAAUGUUUCCUUUCUUUCCAACUAGGAAAAGGCUCUGGUUUGGUAAAGAAAUGUCAUCCCUGAGUAAGAAAACAAACAAAUCUUUAUUUAUCAAAGUGAAG